ACUCAAUUCCAGAGAGAUGAGAUGAUACUGCUCCUCUCUUAACACUCGUCCUAUUCCCAUCUCAGCCUCUUCGCUGCUUAUAUAUCCACCCGUUUGUACGGUGGCUCUCUAGUUUGGGCAAGGAUUUAAAUCUCAUCUAAAAGGAUUUUCUUAAACUUUACGCCCAGCCGGCAAAGAAGUAUACACGAGCACCCGUUGUUUGAAGUAGGAGCAUUUUCACUGCAGUCAAUUCCAGCCUGUCUGCGAGUAAAUAUAUGAAAUGAAUAUGAUCUUUUAUGGUGUUUAUGCUAAGGAGGAAGAAGUUGCGACUGAAAUAAGUGGCUCGAUGUGGUCCUGUCUUUUACAUACACGUUCGCAUAAUAAAUAUAUAUCAUGUUGGGUGGCUGAUAUAAUAAUAUGAUAAUAAUAUUCGUUCCGUCUUCGAUAUUCGGAUUGGAAGGUGUUGUGCGGUCGGAUGUAGGUAUUAGACGCAGCACGCGAUAUGCAUAAGCAGAAGAAAUUGUUCUGGGAGAGUAUGGAAAUGGAAGUGGAACAAGGUGCGGAGGUGAGUUAGUGGAAUUACGACCGUUUUUCCUACUUAUCACACCGAUGAGAGUAGCAGACGAUGAAUUGCUUCAUCUCAUCUCACCCGGGGGCAUUUCCUCUUCCUAAGUCACUACUGCAUCCAGGAGAGACUUCUUCCUAGGAUGUAGGACAUGCAUACAUACGCAGAGACGAAAGUGAAGUUUAUAACCUUUUCUUGCACAACGCAGCAAAAUCCAAUCUUGGACUUUUAAUGUACAUUUUAGGUAUGUAGCGAGUUGAUUAGUGAAGGGUUUUCUGGUCAUAAAAUCUGAAGUAAUUCUUCCCACAAUGAAAAUGAAUCAAACGCUGCUAAAGUAGUGCAACAUAUUAGUUAACAUGUUCCUAAACAAGAUACGUCCCUAUAAUAUAAUAAUGACUCGAAAAAGUUUUCCAUCAAACCAUUACGUUGCUUGUGGUUGUUUCCUAGAAAGAUUUUUCCGGAAGGAACAACUUUGAUGUUUCCUUUUAGCAGCAAAAAGAAAACUUUUUCUUGUGGGAAAGGGUUACAUUACGUUACAUGCAACUACCAACCCCAGGAUGUAAUAACCCGAAUGUCAUGAUAAUGAUAAAUAGAACAUCCAUUGCACUCACUUCACUUUUCGUCUGAUGAAACACUGUGCCGAACUUUUUUCUUCUUCUCAGCGGUGAUAAUGUUCAGAAGCAGAGGAGGCCUCCCUCACAGUUCUUUCGCACUUACGCAAUUUCGAAUGUGGUAAAGUAAUAAUAACGCAGUUUGACUAUGUUGGAUCAUCUUCUUGGCCUUUUCUCGGUGGCGGUGGUGGUAGUGAACAUCCCGAGGGAUCGAUAAUGUCAUAUCCGCUCAUCCAUUUAAGAUGGUUAAGAACUGUCUAAUCUAAAAUUCAAGUUUCUCUCCCACACUAAAAUGUAUGUACAUGCAGCAGGCUCACCUGUGACUGUGAAUGGCAGGCUGACAACGACAUGUACUAAAAACCUGAGGAAAAUCCUGCAUAUUACUUAAGCCACAUCAUGUUCAGCCUGACGAUGAGUAAUAAUAUAAUGCCAGCGGUAACACCCAACAGCGAUUUUCUCCCUAGAUUUCCAUUUAUAAACCUUUCUCUUCCUCCUCGUUCAUGCUUGACUAAAAGUUGGACGGAUCUUAUCUUUUCCUAAAAUGGAUGGCACACGAGAACCACUUACUUGCAUAUGAAUGGAUUACAUGUGUCCUCAGUUUUUCACUUAUUUUAGUCUGUUUUUCUCUAUUUUAUCUAUUUUCCUUGUCUCGUCCGUCGUAUUGAUUGGUGGGCAGAUUGGGAAUAAUUUUAACAACAUGACGCCAACGCGUGGCUUGGUUGAUCUGAUCCAUCUGGCAGGUUGACAUAGUCAUAGGCAUAGGAGAUUUGUGGAUGUGGCAGUUGUUGGUUUUGCUACUAGGCUCUUUAUAUCUUUUAGUGAGAUGCUCAACUUUUCUAAUUGACCAAAUGUGCUAUGUGUUUAUUUAUUAUGCGUUUCAGAUGACUGAUGCAUGAGACACGUAAAAUCGAAUCUAUUUAAAUUUUGUGUUUUAGAUGCAAAAUUUUGAAUUUUGAGAAGGAAAAGUUUACCUUUCUUAUAUUUAUAACUUGAUGCUUAUCCAUUUCGAUAGACGAUGCAUCUGAACUGAAGGAAACAUGUGCCAAAUGAAAAUUAGGCAUUCUUUUCCAUAGUUAAUUACGAGUAAUUUUUUUUUGACUUUUCUGUUUGCAAUUGGAAUUUUAGCCGACUUGCCUUCCUUGGAAUACGGAACGAUACAAAUACGGAUUCUAUUGAGACGGAAAUUCCAAUUUGAGUGAAAUGUUAAAGAAUGUUUGUGUUAUUCUUGUUCAGAGAUCACUUGAGACUUGACAGUUUGUGUACUUGAAGAGAUUUCCCAUAAUAUUCAGUAGAGAGGAUGGAUGAUGACAUGAUAGAAGAUUUGGCUGCUGCUGACGCUAAGAGCAUUGACAUUAAUAGAUUAGUCUACACACCGAAACCUCUAAAAAGUGAAAAGUUGGUCGAUAGAACGUCUGGAUGGGUUGAUUAUUGGCUGGUGCUUGUCAACUUUUGCAGUCUGAUAUUGGCCAUGUACCACCUUCUCAUCGGGAUGACUAUAUUAAGCUUUAGUUCAAGCAUUCAAUCAAUUCUCGACGAAUCUGGUAGCGAUCAAGUUGCAGUCCUGCACACCGUAAAGGACUCGUCCCCCUCCACAAUUUCUCUGGUUUUAAUUGGGAGUGCAUUCUUUCAAAUUAUUAACGCCGUGGGUGGAGUAUACGGUUGUCUUCAAGGAGUUAAAGAUAUGCUGAUUAUACACUUAGUUUGCGCCUUUCUGCUACUGUUUGGAGAAAUAGUAUUUUCAGCCUUAACAUGUAAAUCGGCAUAUUGCAGUCUUGAUGACAUUCGAAAGUUACAGGACCAGAUAUUAGAGUUUAUCCGAAUACAUGGCACUGAAGCUCCUCAGGGUGCGGAAAAAUUACUCGCUUAUGAAACCGCAAUUUAUCAACUGGACAGUAUCCAGAUUGGGCUAUCUUGUUGCGGAGCUAUUGGUUGGGCAGAUUACAUCAAUCCGGUCAUUUUGCAGGAUGGAAAUAAAUCAGCCCCCAUUCCCAUUCAUGUGGAUUUGGAUGGGGUGGAAACAGUAUUUCCAUCAUCAUGUUGUCGUGCUUGGUGGGUACGAAAUGUGCAUUGUUCAAAAGGAGUCCAUUUGUGGGCGCAUCCUGCAGUGGACGACGUAACAGCUACAAAAUUUCGGCAACGUAUCAACCAAGCUGGUUGCAUGUGGAGAAUUUUUAACGGAUGCAAACGAAUAAGGGGACUAGUCACCAUCGGACUAGUCAUUGUCACCGUCAUAGAUUUUUUUCUGGUCGGGAUCAAGAUAUACUGCGCUUACUCAAUUGUCAAAAAUAUAUAUGACAUAAUUAGAAAGAAAAAGGAAAUUAUUGCGAGUGAUAUUGGAGCCGAUGUUGACGAGGAGCUCGAAGAAGGGGUGGACAGGCGACCUUUACCCACUGAGGAUGAAAUUGAGUUAAUCAAGGCUAGAAGUGACUUCAAUAAAUUCGAGGCACGUGUGAAACGAACCCAAAUUGGUAGAUGGAUGAAACAAGCGAGAAAAUCUGUCUACUUGACAUUUUCUAAAACACAAGCAGCAAGUGUUCCAAGAAGACUUUCUAUCGUGGAUAUGAGAAGGAAAUCUCUCACUGGAUAUAUUGGUAAAACACAUAGUGAUAAUUCAAAGAUGGGUGAAGACCCCGACGAAGAGCAAUUUCUCGACGCUGAGGCCGUCUUAAAAUUGGAAAUUCAGAAACAAAUGAGAAAACAGGAUGAGCGUCGUCUGAGAGAAAUGAAAACUCCGGAUUUAUCACAUCUCAAGUUGACGAAAGCACAACUAGAGAAGAGAGAAAAGGAGAAACGGAAAUCAAAACAUUGGAUGAUGAAAGCUAAUGAAAUGUCCUCAUCAACUAAUAAGUAACCAAUCACGUUAAUCUUUCAUAAAU